AUGCAGUCCGAGUCGGGAAUAGUUCCGGACUUCGACGUCGGAGAGGAUUUUCAAAACGAGCCCAAAACCUACUACGAGUUGAAGAGUCAACCUUUGAAGAACAGCAGCCCACCGGACCAGCAUGUCUCCUCCAAGCCCCCGCUGAGCUCCUCUGUCAUGACAUCACGCAUCCUGCUGCGGCAACAGCUCAUGCGGGAGCAGCUUCAGGAACAGGAGCGGCGCGAGCAGCAGAGGCAACGGUCCUCCCAGUACCCACAAACCACAGCGGCCCAGACCCCCGCCAUCAAUGUCAGCGCUCCCAUCAGUUUACCACCUGCUGCCCAGGUGCCCAUGGAGGUGCUCAAGGUUCAGACUCAUUUGGAAAACCCAACCAAGUACCACAUCCAGCGCUCUCAGCAGCAGCAGGUGAAGCGGUACCUGGGAAGACUCGGCUCCCAGGCCUUGAGCUUGCCCUGCCCCAACCAGUCCUCUGACCACGGGGGCAUGCCGCCAGGGCCGGGCAACAGCGCCCCCAACAGCCCUAUGGCCUUACUGACCCUGAACGCGAACUGCGAGAAAGAGAUGGAUGAUGUCAUUGAUGACAUUAUUAGUCUGGAGUCCAGUUAUAGUGACGAUAUCCUCGGCCUGAUGGACCCAGGACUUCAGAUGGCCAGCACGAUCCCUGUGCCUCCUAACCUCAUGGACAUGUAUGGUAAUCAGGGUAUGUCCCAACAAGGUCUGUCCAUAAGCAACUCCUGCCCUGCCAACCUGCCCAACAUCAAAAGAGAAUACUCAGUGUCACAAUCUUCAGCCAUCAUGCAUAUGCUGGAUAAGUCUGGAUCCUGUGGCAAGUUUGACACCUAUCAACGGCCUGAAGGGUUCCCUGUGGAAGCUGAGGUCAGAGCCAUGGCUAAGGAGAGGCAGAAGAAAGACAACCACAAUUUGAUUGAGAGACGACGACGGUUUAACAUCAACGAUCGAAUCAAAGAAUUGGGAACGUUGAUUCCAAAAUCCAAUGACCCAGACAUGCGCUGGAACAAAGGCACCAUCCUGAAGGCGUCGGUGGAUUACAUCCGGAAGCUGCAGCGAGAACAGCACAGAGCCAAGGAGCUGGAGAAUCGGCAGAAAAAGCUGGAGCACGCCAACCGGCAUUUGAUGCUGAGAAUACAGGAACUAGAGAUGCAGGCCCGAGCUCACGGCCUGUCCAUCUCAUCUUCAGCGCUCUGCUCUGCUGAACUCGGGGCGCAGCCCAUCAAACAGGAGCCCACCCUGGAGGACUGUCGCAGAGACCUGUACACGCUCCACCCCCAUCACCAACACCACCACCACCACCCCGCCUGCACCCCAGAGCAACCCGGCACGUUGGAGGGCCACUCUAACUUUUCCGAGGGCCACUACAGCUCUCAGAGCAAAGCAGGCGACGUCCUCAUGGAAGACACCCUGUCACCAGUGAGUGGGGGGGACCCUUUGCUCUCGUCCGUCUCCCCGGACGCCUCAAAGGACAGCAGUCGUAAGAGCAGUGUCAGCAUGGAUGAGAAUGAGCAGGGCUGUUAG